AUGCCGGAGGAUAGGGUCCCUAAAAGCUUUGAGAAUUACGCUAUUAAAGGGAGCACCGGCUUUGUCCGGCGCGUCUGGCUGUGCCGGGCGACCCGCGCCCCCGAGCCUCCGCCCGCCGCGCUGCUGGCGCCGCGCCCUCAACGUCGACCCGCCCUGGCAGAGAGCGCGGGCCCGCUGACGCCACACCACGCGAGACACCAGCUGACACUUGUGGAC